UAGACAGUACAAUUAAAUUAUCAUGUAAAACAGCAGAAAAAGGAAGCAUUCAGCUUUAAACUAAAGGAGGUGAAGAGUUUUAGAAAGAUGCAGAAUCAUGGCAAGCAACAAAUUCCAGAUCGUGGUUCAGGGAGAAGCCUCUGAAACGGACUCUGAUGAUGAAGUGUACAUGACCUCUGCUCCCGCAGUCCCUGCGUCAUUAUCCUCCUCCUCGUCAGGGAUGAAGGUGGCAGGAGAGGCAUCGGAGACAGACAGCGAGGAUGAGGAGGAGAGAGCGCGAAGACUGAUCUCUGAAAGCCAACAGCAGAUGCUCCGCAAAGAUCUUCCUCCUCUCAUCGUCAUCAGAAACAGCCCAGCUACUGCCUGCGCACAGGAGGAGAGAUCAUCGCCUGUGUCCAGACCCGAUGCAGGACGCUUCAACACGUUGCUCCAGCAGAAACUUCAGGAGAGUAAUGCACGGCUGUGUGUGGAUGUCAGUCAAAGCUUAAAACAGGUUUAUCAGAACGCAUCCAAAGACAUCCGACAAGCGACCGGACACCUCAACAACUCUCAGACGGGCAUCAUCAAUGCCUCGCACAGCAUCAGACUCAUUCUGGAGGACCUGAAGUCCGUUUCAGAGAAGAUCGACAUCAUCACCAGCUGCAAACUGCUGCCAGACAUUACAAUGCCGAACCCAGGGUCCGUACAGCCCUUAGCCAAUGCUGGACUCUGAGUUCAGGCAGAUGCAGGUAAAGCACAAGUGGUGGGAAACAUAGGCCUGCUGUUAACAUGCAUAUGUAAAUGUGAUGUAUAUAAGUGAUGCAUUUUGAGAUUUUUGCAGCCAUUCAUCAACAAGGUUUGGUUUGGAUGAUUAUUAGCAGUGCUCAUCCUCUCUAAUUAAUAACAUGGACAUCUGCGGGGAUUUGUUGGAUAUACUAAUUAGGAAAUGGAGAAAAUAAAUUACAUAUUUAAAAAAAAAGCUGGAAAUUGUAUAUGAUACUUUAGCUAGAAGUCUUUAGCAUUUUCUUUGAAUUCAUAAUACAGCUGGACAUUUGUAUCUCUAUAUAAAGUAUACAGUAUAUUAGUGCUGGGCAAAGAAAAAUGGCAGUAAUCACAUCCAAAAUUAAGGUUUGCAUUGGUGUAAUAAUAAUUGAAUAUUUUAACCCCAUUACAAUCAUUGAACGAUUAUUUUAUUUAUUUAUUUUGCCCUCAUAGUUCACUGACAGGUUUUGUAAAUUAAAUUUGCUCACAUAUUACAAGUGGGAGAUGUUUGAAUGAAGGGUGGAUUAUUUGAUUUUAAAAUGACUGAAGGAAACACACACUAUUUACUAUCUAUGAUUAUUAAUUGAACAUCAGGAAAUUAAAAGACAUUUAUUACCUAAAACCGACAGUCAUCUUUUUCUUAUAAAUAAGUGAAAAUAAAGAACUUGCACUUUUGCACACAAAA